AUGGCCGACCUCCGCUCCCCAUCCGACGACAACCUACCCUCCCACAACGAACAGCGCGACAGAGCAAGCAGCAUGUCGCUAGGAAACACAGAAACCGCAGCUCCCUCACAGAAUGGGGGAGCCGCAACGGCAAACGGCGGCCCGCCCGCCGGUACCGACACGGGCUCAGCGCCUACUUCUGAGGUCUCGCGCCAGGUCCAGGAAGUGCUAUCAUCAGACAUUGGUGUCGCAACCAUGCUAAACCAGCUCAAGGCGAGUAUCGCUUCCGCAAAGGAAUUCGCACUCUUCCUCAAGAAGCGAUCACACAUCGAAGAAAGCCACGCCUCCUCACUCAAGAAGUUGUCCCGUAUAAGCCAGGAAACAAUGCACCAGCCCGACCACAGGCAAGGCUCUUUUGCGCAGGCCUACAGCGAAAUGAUGUACAUCCACGAGCGCAUGGCCGAAAACGGAACGCAAUUCGCCCUCUCACUACAACAGAUGCACGACGACCUGCUCGAGCUUGCCGCCGUGGCCGAGCGUAGCAGAAAAGGAUGGAAGGCCAACGGCUUGGCGGCGGAACACAGGGUGGCAGAAUUGGAGGCCGCGAUGCGCAAGUCCAAGGCCAAAUACGACAGUUUGGCUGAGGAGUACGACCGCGCGCGCACUGGCGACACCAGCAGGAACAGCGGCAAAAUGUUCAGCUUGAAGUCCAAGUCUGGCCCCCAGCAUGAGGAGGAUCUCUUGCGCAAAGCCCAAGGCGCCGAUCAGGAUUACCAGGCCAAGGUGCAGACACUGCAGAGUGAGAAGGCCGAAUUGAUUGCAAGGACGAGACCGGAGGCCAUCUCUGCUCUGCAGGACUUGGUCAAGGAGACCGACUCUGGUCUGGCGCUGCAAAUGCAGAAGUUUGCCUCCUUCAACGAGAAGCUGCUCUUGAGUAACGGUCUUAGCAUCAGCCCCAUCAAGGGUCAAGGUUCUGGCGGAGGACCGCGCAGUCUUCGCGAGGCCGUUCUGGCCAUUAACAACGAAAAGGACCUUCACGAUUACCUGACGUCUCACCACUCGAAGGUUGCCAACAAUAACGGCGAGGUCAAAUACGAGAAGAACCCGAUCUUGGCAACCGCCCGCCAGCAAGCAAUGGGCCACCAGCCCAAUGCUUCGGUAUCAAACGUACCGCAGGCCGCGCCAUCCGGAUCGUUCUCUGGGCCACCAGGAGGAUCAAACCAGCAACAGCAACGAGAUAUGCCACCUCCUGCUAGACCCAGCAAUUUCCAACCGCCAGCCGACUCUCCCCAAAGCUUUGCGCUGCCUAAUAUGCCGGCUGCUCAACAGCCAAGGCCAUCGUCUCAGCAGCAGCACCCUUCUCCUCAGGCGCAGCAGCACGGCCGUAGCUUCAGUACUAACAACAUGCUGAACCAGCCCAGCCAACAGCAGCAAUUCCAGUCGAACCGCAACUCUGGUGUCGUAGCGCCAACGUACAAUAGUGGUGGCAUGUCCUCUCAAGGACCGCCACAGCUAGGAGCAUUGCCAUUUCAGACAUCACCGUCGCCUCCGCCGCCGCAGCAGCAGCCCCAGCAACGAGCGCCGCCGCCACAAAGCCAGUACCAGCCUCCUCAGCAGCACCAGGCUCCACCGGCACAACAGUAUCCUCCUCAAGGACCACCACCAGGUGCAGGAGGAUACCCUCAACAGAACAGACAAUCCCCUCCUCUCGGCGGUCCUUCCGGGCCGUCGCCCAAUGCCGCGAGGCCCACAUUCGGGCUAAGCCUGCCUCGCUUGUAUGAGCGAGACGGUUUGCCUGUGCCCAUGGUCGUCUAUCAGUGUAUCCAGGCAGUGGACCUCUACGGACUUGGCGUCGAGGGCAUCUACCGGCAGUCCGGCUCAUUGACGCAUAUCAACAAGCUCAAGACCAUGUUCGACACCGACUCGAGCAACCCAGCGUUGGAUUUCAGAAAUCCCGAGAACUUUUACCAUGACGUCAAUAGUGUUACUGGCCUGUUGAAGCAGUUCUUGCGUGAUCUCCCCAACCCCCUUCUCACUACAGAGCAUCACAGCGAGUUGAUCGAGGCAGCCAAACAAGAAGAUGACAUCGUUCGCCGAGACUCCCUCCACGCCAUCAUCAACAGCCUCCCCGAUCCCAACUACGCCACUCUGCGCUCGCUGACCCUCCACCUCCACCGCGUCAUGGAGAACUCCCAUGUCAACCGGAUGAACUCCCACAACCUUUCCGUCAUCUUUGGCCCCACGGUCAUGGGCACCGAUCCGGCAACAAGCAUCGCCGACGCCGGAUGGCAGAUCAAGGUUGUCGAUACAAUUCUGCAAAACACCUACGAGAUCUUUGACGACGAAUGA